ACUAUCAUACUCAUGUCAUGUAAACUAAAUUAUGUUGUGAUUACAGGAUCAAACGCCGAAUCUGGAAUUUGCAAUCAUUGUGACGUCAAACUGUUCACGUUGGCCAAGACAACAAUAUCUUGACUUGAUGCAUAUCGAAGUCGUAGACCAGCUGUAUAUAACUCAUCCUAGGAACCAAUCUUGAUAGUAUUACACGUACUACGUCCUGUCAUCCCUCUUGAAAAGUCCGCAUAUCCGAAGAACUGAUCACAUUGAACCGAUCAUAUCAAACGAUCAUUCGAGAUGGCAUCCGACGCGAAGAACUCCACAUCAGAGUCGAAUGAGAUCCCAGGAAUUCCUCGUACUGUGAAGAGUCGCGUUCUCGAAACUGGCGCUGCCAUGACCCAAGACUUCACGCCCGUCAAGCAGAUUUGCGCGCAUUUGAAUGCAUUCCACAUUUACGCCGACGAUCCCACGCGAUGUGUCGAAGCCAAUCAUUAUUGCACGCACUUGACGGAGGAUGUCCGACAAUGCUUGAUCUACGACUCGCCCAAGCCCAACGCACGCCUCCUCGGUGUCGAAUAUAUGGUGUCCCCACGCAUCUUCAAAACACUUCCACCCGAAGAACGAAAAUUGUGGCACACGCAUGAGUUCGAGGUUAAGAGUGGCCUGCUCAUCAUGCCUACGCCGAAGGGCAUGCCCACCGCAGUAUGGGAAGCGGCCGAGACGGCGGAAAUGGAGGAUAUCGCACCAAUCUAUGGCAAGACGUAUCACAUGUGGCAGGUUGAUCGGGGAGAUGCAGUCCCUAUGGGCCCACCGCAAUUGAUGGGUAGCUUCACAUCGCCUGAGUCGGUUGAGAAAGCGCACAAGGGUGGAAUGGACGGGUUGCUUCGGGACAGAGAUGAGAGGUUUGGGGUCGAUUAUCGGACGAAGGCGAAGAAGAGGGAGUAUAUUGCGCCCGUUGACAAGCAUCCUGGUAUGUCGGUUUGCAUCUUCAGUGAUUCGAGUGAAGCUAACUGGGACGUUGUGAGCAGAUGCCGACGGAAUGUUAAAGUGAGAUGGGAAGAAUUGAAUGAGACAGUGAUGAUUGAAGAGGAUAUUCGUAUGAGAAUUGCAAGAGAUUCAGACAAUAAAUUGUUGGGUUUCAAUUGGACGGUCUCUAAAAGAUUUUAAGAUAGCAUGGAGGUGUCUCCCCACUAUACCAGCCUCAAAGAUCCAGUCCCAUAGUUAAAUGGGGUCAAGAAUGAGACCAAUUGGGGGACAGCCUUGUCAACCGACAAGGCCGUUUGUAUUCAUCUUGCUUCAUUGUCCACACUUGCUCGUCCUGGUGAUAAAUUUCGACGACGGCAAGCUCUAGCAUUUGUAGAAGCGGUGUUCAUCCCAACAGCGAUAGGCAGAGGGAGAGUAUAUGACAUAUAGGCAUGCCAUUGAGUACUGGCAUACGGCGUUGUGUUGCGUUGCAUCUUCAAUCAUGAUUGACAAGCUCGACAAGCUCUGGAUUCGAGAUCCAGGGCAUCGACGAGAUAGCGUUCCACUCAACCAUGAUCCCACACAUUAAUGGGAGAUUGAGUGAAUCGCAAUGCUCCAGAUCGCAGCUUGAUCAGAUGAUUGCACAAGCACAUCCUUGCAUCGUAUGCCCGAGAGGCUUGCAGACUCGGAC